AUGCCGCUUAAAGCUAUGAAAGGUAGCAAGCAUUUGCUUGCUGCUUUCUUUCUUUCUUUCUUUCUUCGUGUAUUUUUUCUUCCUUUCUGCAAUUUUCCUUGUAUGCCAGUUUCUUUCUUUCUUUUCUUUUUUCUUUCUUUCUUUCUUUUUUUCAUUGCUUCUUUCUUUCUUUCUUUCUCAACGGCUAUUUCCUUUUUCCCACUUUCAUCUUUUAAUCUUUCUUUCUUUAAUGCUGUUUGUAUGAUUCUUUCUUUCUUUCUUUCUUUCUUCUUCAAAUCCUUUCAAUUUCCUUUCUUUCUUUUUUCUUUCUUUCAAUCCUUUCAAUUUCCCUUCUUUCUUUCUUUCUUUCUUUCUUUCUUUCUUUCUUUCUUUCUUUCUUUGCCAUCCUUUCAAUUUUCUUUCUUUCUUUCUUUCUUUCUUUCUUUCUUUCUUUCUUUCUUUCUUUCUUUCUUUCUUUCACAGCCGCAAUUCCAUUUUUCUCACUCUCUUUUAUUAAUUCUGUCUUUAGUGUUUCUUAUUUUCUUCAGGCAAUUUCCUUUCUGUUUUCUUUCUUCCUUUUUCUUUCAUAAUUGUAUGUCAGUUUCUUUCUUUCAUUCUCCUUUUCUUUCUUUCUUUCUUUCUUUCUUUUCUUUCUCGGCAAUUAUUUCCUUUUUCACACUUCUCUCUUUUAUUGAUUCUUGCUUUAGUGUUUAUUACUUUCAUUGUUUGUUUGUUUCUUUCUUUCUUUCUUUCUCUCUUUCUUUCAAUUUUUCUUUCUUUCUUUCUUUCUUUCGUUCUUUCUUCUUCACCUCCUUUCAAUUUCCUUUCACACUUUCUUUCUUUCUUUCUUUCUUUCAUACUCAUUUUCUUUCUUUCUUUCUUUCUUUCUCGGCGACUAUUUCCUUUUUCGCACUUCUCUCUUUUAUUGAUUCUUGCUUUAGUGUUUAUUACUGUCAUUGUUUGUUUCUUUUUCCUUCCUUUCUUUCUUUCAAUUCUUCUUUCUUUCUUUCUUUCUUUCUUUAUUCCUUCAAUUUUUCAUUUCCUCGUACAAUUUUUCUUUCUUUUUCUUUCUUUCUUUCUUUCAUGCAAUUUUUCUUUCUUUUUUAUUUCCUCGUACAAUGUUUCCUUCUUUACUUUCUUUUCUUUCUAUUUUUCUUUCUUUCUUUCUUCAUGCAAUGUUUUUCUUUUUUAUUUCCUCGUACAAUUUUUCCUUCUUUCUUUUUUUUUAUUUCUCUUUCAAACACCAUUGCACUUUUUUCACUUCCCCCCCUUUUAUUCAUUUCAAUCUUUAGUGUUUUUCGCUUUCUCUCAUUUGCUGUAUUCUUUCUCGCCCUCCAACAAUCUCUCUCUCUCUCUUUUCCUUCAUCUCAGAUGUGUCCAUUUGCCAAUUCCACCCAUAAUACCUACAUUAAAUUAUUUGUACACGGAGACAAAAGCACGCACCUGCGCCUCUCAAAGUUUUCCAUAAGCAAUCACUUCGACGAGUCGAUUGGCAAAUAUCUUCACAACCAAUCCAAUCGACUUCAUCUACAUAGUUAA